AUGCCUUUAUCAAAUAUUUGCCUUACGCGUUUGGUUUCAAGUGGAAUUGCUGAGAGCCAUUUUGUUGGAAUCAGCCAUGAUAAAUGUGUUUCACUUGAAAUUCAAUCAGUACCGCUUUAUUUAUCUUUUUUCACGCCAAAUUUUGUUUCAGUUACGAAAUAUAUGAAAUCUAAUACUGGAACAGAAGAUAAGUUCAUAUACAGUUUUAAUAUAUCGAACUCAGGAAGAAUAGAUCGCGCGUUAACAAAAGAUGAAUAUUACGUAUUUCGUAGUAUUGGUGCCUCAUCAAUGACACUCUCAAUGUCCGACUUCAAAACUCACGGAUGUACUGAGAUUUAUAUUGAAGAUUCGCCAAAAACUAACCACACUUUUCAAAUUACGAAAAAUCAAGAUUUUUUCUCAACAAACUUUGAUAUGAUAAAAUGUUAUCUAUAUGCAUCUAAAUAUCAUCAAAAUAUUAACGGAGUUUUAGGCGAAUGUACAAAUUGUCCUUCAAUCCAUUUAUACGAAGGUCCGUAUCAUAAAAUGGAAUUAAAACCAAGUACUUCAUUCUCUCAUACUCAACAAGUUGAAAAAUAUCCAAUUACAAUUGUAUUAAGACCUCCUCAAAAGAAAGAUACGCAAUCCGACUUAGAGUACUUCUACAUGAAUCUUACUUCCGAGAUGUCUAUAUAUAAUGAUACAAAAUAUAAGUCUGCAACUUAUUAUGGUUGUAUCAACCAAACAACUCACGUUUACAAAAAUGUUUACGUGGGAAAUAUCAUAUCUUACGUAUUUUCAUCGAUCUUACUCCUUUCAAGCAUCAUAAUUCUUUUAAUUACUUUUAGUAGGUAUCAGAACUUAUGUUGCUUCUAUUUCUGCCCAUGCCAUAGGGGUUAUGAAAGUACAUCUGGAGUAAAUACCAUGUAUCUAUUUACUUCCGGCAAAAAUUACGAAAAAUACAUGAAUAAUUUCGAUCAUAUUACUGUUUAA